CAGUUUGCCGUUAUAAACAGAAAAGGUCCCAAAGCCCGAUUUUACCUCCACUCCUCUCUCUCUCAAGAUUUGCGUCUCUUCCAGACCUGCUUUUGAUUCGCCAACCCUUGUUCGAACGCCUACGGACAAAGAGGAGGGUCCGUCCGUCGAUUCAUUUCCACCAUUACAGUUUUUCUUUUCUUUUCCAUCUCAAAUUCUUCGUUACAUUCAAUAGGAAAACCGAAAACAUCAAUUAAAGCAUCAACAUUCUCUUCUUCUGAACUGUACACGGUUAUAAACGCCAAUUUCUUUGCUGUAAUCGGAUAGGUGAUAUAGAGAUGCAAUGGUGAUGGAUAUCAGAAGAGAGAGGAGUAGUAGAUUGGCGGUUGUUGGUUUGUUUCUUCUUGUGCUGGGAUUGUUUCUGGAUGCUUCUAAUUUUGUGAAUGCUAAUGCGGUCUUUAAGGUUAAGCACAAAUUUGGCGGGCGUGGAAGGCAUUUGAGUUUGUUCAGGGAACAUGAUGAUCGUCGUCAUGGUAGAAGUUUAGCGGUUGAUAUCGCUCUGGGCGGUGAUGGAAGUCCAACGGAAACAGCGCUGUACUAUACAAAAGUGGGAUUAGGAACUCCAUCGGAGGUAUACUAUGUGCAGGUUGAUACAGGGAGUGAUAUUCUGUGGGUGAACGGUAUCGGUUGCACCAAAUGCCCAAAGAAAAGUGAUCUUGGUAUAGAACUAAGACUAUAUGAUCCAGAAGCCUCUUCAACUGCAAAGGAAGUGACUUGUGAUCAAGAAUUCUGCAAUGUGGUAUUUGGAAAUGCUCUUAGUGGUUGUAAGGCUGGAGCAGGUUGCCCAUAUGCUGUUACUUAUGGAGAUGGGAGCUCGACUUCUGGACAUUUUGUGAAGGAUAUUAUACAGCUCGAAAAGCCUUCCGGAAAUCUUAAAACCACAAUCAUGAAUGGUACUGUCGCAUUCGGGUAUGCAACUAAUCAAUCUGGGCAGCUUGGUUCAAGUUCAGAUGCACUUGAUGGAAUAGUUGGUUUUGGACAAUCAAACUCUUCAAUGCUAUCACAGCUUGCCAAUUCUGGAAAGGUAAAAAAGAUUUUUGCACAUUGCUUGGACGGUAGUCAAGGAGGUGGAAUUUUUGCUAUUGGACAAGUGGUGGAGCCAAAACUAAAUUACACUCCAUUAAUCCCUAACCAGCCACAUUACAAUGUUAUUUUGAAGACAAUUCAAGUAGAUGAAACUGUUAUACAACUUUCAUCCAAUCUAUUCGGUAGUACAGACAGAGGGGCUGUUAUUGAUAGUGGUACUACCUUGGCAUAUCUUCCGGAUGAAAUCUACAAUCCAUUAAUUGCAGAGAUAUUGGAUGGUCAGCCCAAUUUGAAGUUCAUUAACAUUGAGCAGCCAUUCACAUGCUUUGAGUAUAGUAAAAGUGUAGAUGAUGGAUUCCCAGCUGUCAAAUUCACUUUCCAAAAUUCACUUUAUUUGGCAGUUUAUCCGCAUGAUUACUUGUUCCAAGUCCGAGAGGAUACCUGGUGUUUUGGUUGGAUGAGUAGCGGCAUCCAAUCAAAAGAUGGUCAGAAUAUGAUGCUUUUGGGAGAUAUGGUGCUAGCUGAUAAACUUAUUUUGUAUGACCUUGAGAAUCAAACUAUUGGAUGGACAGAGUACAACUGUUCUAGUCCGAUAAAGAUAAAGGAUGAGGAGACUGGUGCAAUUUACGACGUUGGGUACCAUGAUCUCUCCUCGGGCGACAAUGUAACUGCAGGAUGGAUAACUUUGAUGGUACUAACAUUUUCAAUGUUUGCUUGUUUCCUGCAAAAUUUGGAUUUGCAUUGGGGAAGAUAA